AUGUCUCAAAAAAUUGCAUUAAAAAGGCCUUGCGGUGCUGUCUCCGGCUGCCGGACCGGCGGAGCAGAGCGUGCGGCAGGCUCCCCGAGUGCUGGGGGGACACUCACACUGCCCUCCGUGGUCUCCUAUAGGUGGCUGCACACGGCUGGGAGAAACAGAAGGGCAGAGAAGGCGCCCGGCGCCUUCCACCGGGUGCUGCUGCAGUUCCUGGUGUGCCUGCUCUCCAAGAAGCUGCUCAGAUAUGAAGCACUGACACAUGAAUUGAUUAAUGAAGAGCUGGGAAUAGCAUAUCGAAUCAUUGAUGGCUUUCCUAGCAUGAUACCACAGGCAGCUAGGAUGACACAUCAAAAGAAGCAGCAAGAAGAAAUGGAGCAGCACAUAAUUUAA